AUGACAAGUUAUCGGCCUGCCGUUGACACUGUGGUAUUAGUUGAGCUUCAUCCACUAGAUGGCAGCUCUUGUCAUGCAACACAGCAUGUUCUAGUGACAGUUCUGAACGUUUUCAAGAUACAGAUGUUGAGGCUAGUGAAAGUGACUUCGAUUCAGAAAACAUCUGACAACGAGACACUACUGCAGCAGACGGUACCUAGUGAAUUUGUGCGUGCUAGUUCAGUUCGUAUUCAAUAUUUGUUCAGUGGUAAUAGUGGUACAGUUGUGCCUCUAAAACAAAAUGAUGUGAUGAGUUGUUUUAUGUGUUUUGUGGAUGAUGCUUUGUGCACAAUGAUAGCUGAACAGACGAACUUAUAUGCAGAACAGUUCAUAGCUUCUCAUCCCAAUUUAGCAGCAUGCUCCAGGGUUCACAGUCGGCAGAAUACUACACGCGACGAGGUAAAAACACUUAUUGGAAUGCUUGUACUUCAAGGAAUUCUUCACAAAGCAGACCACAAAAUGUACUUUUCAAAGAGGGAAUCAGUUGACACACCUUUCUUCAGGAAAGCGAUGAGUGAAAAGCAGUUUCAUCUUCUUUUGAAAUUCCUCCACUUUGCUGACAAUACCUCAUAUGAUCCACUAGUCACUAUCAGCAGAAAACUAUUCAAAAUUCACCCCAUUAUGGAGCAUCUGUGGCGUAAAUUCAGAUCAGUGUACAUGCCUGAAAGGAACAUCACCAUUGACAAAUCGUUGUUGCUCUGGAAAGGAUGGCUUGGAUGGAAGCAAUAUAUUCCAUCAAAGCGUAGCAGAUCUGGCAUCAAAUUGUUCAACCUCUGUGAAAGCGGUUCCGGGUAUGUAUGGGACUUUAUUGUUUACACUCGAAAGGGCACUAAUUAUGGUAGCCACUAUCCAGACGAAAAAAUAACCUCUCGAAUUGUUCUGGAACUUGCACACAAUCUACUCGGGAAAGGCCACUGUAUUUAUCUUGACAUCUGGUACACCAGUACAGAUUUGGUGGACAAACUAACCAGCAAUAACACCGAUGUUGUCAGCACAAUGUGCUCUGUAAAUGCAGAUAUGAAACAUACAAAAUGGUCCUGUAAAAAUUUUAGCAAAGCUGACAUGAUAAAAGGGACUGAAAAAAUUAUUGCCGUGCUAUUAACAGAGUGUACAAUUAACCAUACAGAGAACUAA